AUGGCCCACGGGAGCACCUCCCACCCUGGGGUCCCCUCGCACCUGCACCAUGCAGGCCACUUCGCUGGCGUGGACCCAAGCCAUGAGCAGCUGUACGACGUGGACUUCGAUGACGACCAGGAGUUCCACAUCCAUGGCGCCGGGUAUGACUUCUCGCAGGACCGCUACGGCGCCGAUGACGAAGACGACGAUGACCCGAACCUGCCGCCGGUACUUGAGUCCCCCGGGCGGCUGUUCAACUCGGCGGCCGUGCUGGAGGAGACCAGCGCCGCGGCCCCCGGGGCCGCUCCCCGGUCAGGCUUCCUGGCCCGGCUGGGGCUCUCCUCCGCCAGCUCGGCCCAUGGCAUCGAGGAUGAAUCCAGCAUCGCCCUGCAGCCGAUCAAGCCCCGCGAAGCUGGCGGGAGGAGCACCGCCGGUGCCCUGGGCGGCAGCGGUGACGACGAUGACGACGGCACCGGGAUCCCUGGCCAGGGAGACAUGCUGACCGACAUCUCCGAGGACACGGUGUCCAUCUGGAGGUGGAAGGAUGUCUCCGAGGAAGCCAUGAUCCAAAUACGCCUGGCCCUGCCCCUGGUGCUGUCCUUCAUUCUGCAGAUCAGCUUCUCCAUGAUGAUGUUCAUUGCCGUUGGCCAGACCAACACAGCCAAGGAGCUGGCCGGCGCCACCCUCGGCUACAUGUACUGCAAUGUGACCGGCGUGUCAAUGGGCAUGGGCAUGGCCACGGCCAUGGACACCCUCUGCUCGCAGGCCUAUGGCCGGAAUCCGAAGUCCCCGCUGGUGGGUGUCUUCCUUCAGCGUGCCGUGGUCAUCAUGCUGCUGGCCUGCAUCCCCAUGGCGAUUCUUUGGUUCCUGGCCGAGCCGAUCCUGAUUGCUCUGUGGCAAGACCCGGAGAUUGCCCACCUGGCUGGGCAGUUCUCUCGGCGCCUGCUCCCGGGCCUGCCCUUCUUCCUGGUGUUCGACUGCCUGCGUAAGUACCUCCAAUGCCAGGGCAAGACCGUGCCGGCUUUCAUUGCGCUGAUCAUCGGCACGGUCAUCUGCGUGGCCGGCAACUUCGGUGGUAUCACCGGGCUCGGGUGGGGCUUCCACGCGGCGCCCUGGGUUCUGGCUGCCACUUGGAUGUCGCUGCCGGUGUCUCUGCUGAUCAUCAUCUGGUUCGGUGGCCUGCACCGGGACACUUGGGGCGGCUGGUCGAUUGAGGCCAUGCGCGGCUGGGGCGAGUACUUCAAGCUGGCCCUGCCUGGCAUGGCCAUGUUCUGCAACGAGGUGUGGGCCUUUGAGAUCAUGGCCCUGGCGGCCGGCGUCAUCGGGCAUGUCGAGCUGGCCACACAGUCGAUCCUGCUGAACACCACCUCGGCCACCUUCAUGAUUCCCUUUGCGAUCGGCAUCUCGGCCAACACGCGCGUGGGCAAUAUGCUCGGCGCUGGACGUCCGAUGCACGCACGUCACAGUGUCUACGUGUCGCUGAUGAUCGCCCUGACCAUGGCCGUUGUCCUGGCCUCGCUCUUCUUCAUUGUCCGGCCUUGGUGGGGUCGGCUGUUCAUCGAUGACCCGCAGGUCAUUGAGCUUGUGCGCCAGGUGUUCGUCAUUUGCGGUGCCUUCCAGCUGAUGGAUGGCAUUCAGGCAGUCCUCGCGGGUAUUCUGCGCGGUAUUGGCAAGCAGACCCAGGGUGCCAUCCUGAACUUUGUUGGCUACACUCUGCUUGGUUUGCCGCUGGGCUACGUCUUCUGCUUCGUCCUGGACGAGGAGAGCAACUUCGGCAUCGACCACACCAGCCGCCGGAGCUCCUUCGGUAGCAACGACGACCAGGAUGAUGAGCAGGAUGACGACGAGCUCCGUCAGAUGCGCAACUUCAACUGA